AUGCAAAAUAAAGUUUUGCGAGGUAUAUUGUUUAAGAAUGUUCCAUUAGGCUAUUCCUAUAAUAGGAGCAUACGGCAUCCUACUUUUGGCAACAGUAUUAUAAGAUGGGCAUCUACCCAGGUAAAGACAAGUUCUGAUGUGCUCCAACGGUCAUUUGAUGAUCAUCUUUAUUGGACAGAAAUCAACAAACAGAACUACAGCUCUAAAGAAGGAUGGGGAUCUAUUACGAAAAGGUUGAAGGGAAAUAAAUUAACUACCAACAGAAGUGGAUUAUUUAAUAAUGAAUAUCUUACUUCACCAGAGGGAUUAAAACUUUUCAGUCAAGUUUCUCUGGAGAAAUCACAAAAGAUAGUAGAUAAAUUGAGAUCUGAUAGAACCCCAGAGGGUUUGAGAUUGUACGUUCAAAAUUUGGAUCUUCUAAGUGACACCUUAUGUCGUGUGAUUGAUCUUUGCGAAUUUAUUAGAUCGUCACACCCAGAUUAUAAAUUUGUUGAAGCAGCCCAAGACUGUUAUGAGGAGAUGUUCGAAUUUAUGAAUAUGUUGAAUACAGAUGUCAAUCUUUGUUUUACUUUGAAGCAUGUGUUAGAGAAUAAAGAAAUUGCCUCUAAGUUAUCAGAAGAAGAGUUAAGAGUGGGGAGGAUAUUAUUAGAAGAUUUUGAAAAAUCAGGUAUAUAUAUGAAACCAGAAGUUCGAGAACAGUUCAUUACGUUGUCUCAAAGUAUCAGUGUUAUUGGGCAAGAAUUUAUAAGUAAUACUGAUUUUGUUAAGGAUAAUAAUGUUGUCGUUAGCUGUAAUCAGCUUGAUUCUUUAGGCAUUGAUCCAGAACUAUUAUCACAAAUUGAGAAAGAUAUAGCAGGCAAAAAUUAUAAAAUUCCAACAUAUGGAUACAUACCUUUUGCACUUUUGAAAAGUUGCCCUUCUGAAGAAAUCAGAGAAAAGAUAUGGGUAGCUGUUCAUAAUUGCUCCAAUGAACAGAUUAAAAGGUUAACUGACUUGGUUAAACUUAGGGCAGUUCUUUCUCAAUUAUUAGGUAAAAAAAGUUAUGCAGAAUAUCAAUUAGAAGGGAAAAUGGCAAAAAAUCCAAAAGAAGUUAUUGAAUUUAUUAAGACACUGAUGGAUUUCACAAAACCAAUGGCUGCAAAGGAAUUGGAUGGGAUUGCUGAAAAAAAAUUGACAAUAAAAUCAAAUGGCUCUAACUUAUCAGUGUGUGAUAUCCUAAAGACUGUACGUCCUUGGGAUCGUGAUUAUUAUUCAGCAAUUGAAAGAGAACAAACAUCUGCUAAAAAUCUUUACGGUUCAGAGGAAGUGUUAAAAUAUUUUACUCUAGGUAAUGUCAUGCAAGGGCUAUCAAAUUUAUUCCAAAAAAUAUAUGGUAUUAAAUUGGAGUUAGAUGUGCCUAAAAUUGGAGAGACUUGGUCUCCAGAGGUUCGCAAGAUCAAUGUUAUUUCAGAAGAUGAGGGUCUAAUUGGUAUUAUAUAUUGUGAUUUGUUUGAAAGAAGCGGCAAAACUUCUAACGCUGCACAUUUCACUAUUUGUUGCUCUAGGGAUAUCAGUCCAUAUGAAACUGAAGACUCUACAACUCAAAUCGCUAUUGAUUCGAAGGGUACAAGAUUUCAGCUUCCCAUUAUUUCGUUGGUUUGUAAUUUUUCAAAAACCAUGAUUUCUGAAACAGACAGUGUUUGUUUCUUGCAUUUACCUGAGGUUGAAACAUUGUUCCAUGAGAUGGGACAUGCUAUGCACUCCAUGCUUGGCAGAACAAAGCUUCAAAACAUCAGUGGUACAAGAUGUGCCACCGAUUUUGUUGAAUUACCAAGUAUCUUAAUGGAAUAUUUCGCUAGAGAUCCAAGAGUAUUGGAAACCAUUGGUAAACACUAUUUAACAAAAGAAACGGUAAAAAGAGAAAUGCUAGAGCCACAUCUUCAAGACUUAAAGUAUCUACAGCACUGUGAGACAUAUUCUCAAGCAAAAAUGGCGAUGUUAGAUCAAACAUUACAUGGGGAAACAAUUUCGUCUCAUUUGGAUCAUUUGGAUGUCGUCAAAUUAUACCAAGACUUAGAACGUCAACUUGGUGUUCUUGUUGAUGAUAAAAGUAAUUGGUGCGGCAAAUUUGGACAUCUAUUUGGCUACAGUGCUGUUUACUAUAGUUAUUUAUUUGACCGUGCCAUAGCAAGUAAGAUAUGGGGGGCAUUAUUUGAGAGAAACCCAUUUAGUAGAGCAAGUGGUGAUAAAUAUCGUAACUCAGUUUUGCAAUGGGGAGGGUCUAGAGAUCCGUGGCACUGCAUAGCGUCUGCGUUGGAUAAACCUGAACUUGCUAAAGGGGACGACGAAGCGAUUAAAUACAUUGGCUCUACUAAUCAGCUUUAA